AUGGCUGAGUUUCAGGCAAAGAAAAACCCUAAUUCCAAAACAAAGAGUAAUACAUUCACGACCAAAUGUUCAUCGCUGGUGAAACAGCAUCGUGCCCAUCUCUAUAUACUCCGCCGCUGUGCCACCAUGCUCAUCCGCUCUUACAUCGAUCACGAUGACUAA